CUGUAAGGUAGCCUUUUAAAUAUGUUUUUAAUCAAAGAUGGUUUCCAUGACUACGUCAAUUCUUAAAGCUACAGUCGCAAAAACAUUAAAGAACCUUCAUAUGUUUCGGAGGGUAUAAUGCAACAAAUUACUUGCACCUUUAUAACACAUAUUUACUCGAUGCGUUAUAAAGGAAACUUUUACUUAAUUGUUUGAAGCCCAGUUUUCUAAAUGCCUCCAGUCUGUUUAUUUGCCGCGCAUGCGCUGUUGGAAGCCGAUGCUGUGUGUAGAAAAAUCAUGGCGGAGGCGAUGCAGACCGACAGUUUUCCUGUCUUACCUUCGGGACUGGCGGAGGGAUUGCAACAAUGGAGACACGGACCGGCUGAAGGCGUGCCACCUGUGCAACAUGACCUUCACAUCUCCGGUUAUGGCCGAGUCUCACUAUCAGGGCAAAUUUCAUGCCAAGAGGCUGAAAAUGAAAGCUGUUGAAUCCCAGACUCCAGAAGCCUCUCAGUCUUCACAGCCGGUGGAGAAACCCGCCGACAAUUCAGCCGGCGGUUCUGAGACCGACACCAACAACAACCCAGAUCGCUUCUGCUCCACCUGCAAGGCGUCGUUCAACAACCCGCUCAUGGCCCAGCAGCACUACGCCGGCAAGAAGCAUAAAAAGCACAUGACCAGGCUAAAGCUGAUGGAGACGUACGGCCCCUCCACCGCACCAGCGUCGACACUAAACGGUUACCCCUGUACCGUCUGCAGCAUCGUGCUCAACUCCGUGGAACAGUACCAGUCUCACAUCAGCGGCGCCCGGCAUAAGAACCAAAUGAAGAAAGUUGGUCAGAAGUCUGCAGACGACCAACCUUCAGCUGUGGAGUCAAACCAGUUCACUGGAGGAGAAAACCAGUACUCCGGGGUCGACGGCCGGCACGCGCCCGCAGACGACCAGUACCCCCCAGGAGACGACCAUUACGUUGCCCCUGACGACCAGUACGGCUCUGGGAGCAACCAGUACGAGGGCGGAGACGGCCAGUUCGGGAACCACCAGUACACCCCGGAGUUCUCUGCGUUUUCGGACCAGUUCCAGUACACUUGAGGCCGGGCUGGGAUUAAACUCUCCAAACAGCCCCCCCUUUAACGAACCAUCACUCCCAGUCCCUCCCAUUAAACUUUAGCUCCUGUAAACCAGUCUGGACUGUGACCCCCAUGUGCCCUCCACCAUUUCCUGUUUGUUUUUCUGAUGUGUGAUUUCUGGCGGGCCUGCAGAGCGGCGGCUCCGAGACGCUGCAGUCCUUCUCCCUGUUUUCUCUCAGAGUUCGGACAGUACCAUGAUUUUAGCUGCAGCGACGGAAACAGAAAGAAGCGCCGCGUUUUAAACGGUUGUUCACAUGUUCUUGAGGCGGGGUUUUGUUGUUUGCUCAUCAGCAGUCAGUAUCUUCACUUUGAAGCAAAGUUUCCUUUUCAGGCUGAUUUGUUGGGAACCGUGAGACCAAGUCUCAGGAUUUUUAACAUGUUUGCUAAUUUUAUGGUUUUGACAAGAAAAUCCAGUUCAGUUCAAACAUCCUGUAUUAUUCCCAGAGGGAAAUUAAACGUGUUGACUCCCAUCACUCAGUGGCUGUAGAUGUCGAUGGCUGCGACUGUAGCAGUCUGUUAAACAGCGGCUCUGUAGAGGCCUCUGACUGAAGACGCUGUCUCAAACA